UGGGAUUACAGGCACCCACCACCACAACCGACUAAUUUUUGUGUUAUUAGUAGAGAUGGGGUUUCACUAUGUUGGCCAGGCUAGUCUUGAACUCCUGACCUCAGGUGAUCCACCUGCCUCAGCCUCCCAAAGCACUGGGAUUACAAGCAUGAGCCACUACACCCACCCUUUUAAAAUUUUUAAUCUACUGUUUACACAGUGUUCUUAUACCUUUUUAAAAAGUGAUAGAGCUUAUAGUAAUGGGUGAAGAUGACUGCUACAGGAGUAACUUUUAAAAGGACUAUCUUGUGAUUUGGAACGCACAGAAAAUGAAGGGGAAAGGUAAACAUCUGGCUUUCACAGCCAUGGAUUGUUACAGAACUUCAUUAAGCAGUUCCUGGAUUUACCCCACUGUGAUCCUCUGCUUAUUUGGUUUUUUCUCCAUGAUGAGACCCUCAGAACCAUUCCUUAUCCCAUAUUUAUCUGGACCAGAUAAAAACUUGACCAGUGCAGAGAUAACAAAUGAGAUCUUCCCCGUUUGGACAUACUCCUACCUGGUGCUGCUGCUGCCUGUGUUUGUCCUCACCGAUUACGUCCGCUACAAGCCGGUCAUCAUCUUGCAAGGUAUCAGUUUCAUCAUUACCUGGCUGCUGCUGUUGUUUGGCCAAGGAGUGAAGACCAUGCAGGUUGUAGAGUUCUUCUAUGGGAUGGUCACCGCCGCCGAGGUGGCCUACUACGCCUACAUAUACAGCGUGGUCAGCCCCGAGCACUACCAGAGAGUGAGCGGCUACUGCAGGAGUGUCACGCUGGCCGCCUACACAGCAGGGUCGGUGCUGGCUCAACUCUUGGUAUCCCUGGUGAACCUGUCGUACUUUUACCUCAACGUCAUAUCCUUGGCCUCUGUCUCUGUGGCCUUCCUUUUCUCACUUUUCCUACCAAUGCCCAAGAAAAGCAUGUUUUUUCAUGCAAAACCCAGCAGAGAAAUAAAGAAGUCAUCAAGCGUGAAUCCAGUAUUAGAGGAAACUCACGAAGGUGAAGCACCAGGCUGUGAAGAGCAGAAACCCACAUCAGAAAUACUCAGCACUUCAGGGAAGCUGAAUAAGGGCCAGCUGAACAGCCUGAAACCAAGCAAUGUGACUGUGGACGUUUUUGUGCAGUGGUUCCAAGAUUUGAAGGAGUGCUACUCCUCAAAACGUCUUUUCUACUGGUCUCUAUGGUGGGCUUUCGCCACAGCAGGUUUUAACCAGGUUUUGAACUAUGUUCAAAUCCUGUGGGAUUACAAGGCGCCAUCCCAAGAUUCUUCUAUCUAUAAUGGGGCCGUAGAAGCUAUUGCAACCUUUGGAGGGGCUGUGGCUGCCUUUGCAGUGGGCUAUGUGAAAGUCAACUGGGACCUUCUGGGAGAGCUGGCUCUGGCAGUCUUCUCAGUUGUCAAUGCCGGUUCUUUAUUUCUCAUGCAUUACACAGCCAAUAUCUGGGCGUGCUAUGCUGGCUAUUUGAUAUUCAAGUCCAGCUAUAUGCUUCUUAUAACCAUAGCAGUAUUUCAGAUUGCAGUUAAUCUGAAUGUGGAACGCUAUGCCUUGGUAUUUGGAAUCAACACCUUUAUUGCCUUGGUGAUUCAGACCAUCAUGACUGUGAUUGUAGUAGAUCAGAGAGGGCUCAACUUGCCAGUCAGCAUUCAGUUUUUAGUUUAUGGGAGCUAUUUUGCAGUAAUUGCUGGAAUUUUCCUAAUGAGAAGCAUGUAUAUUAUCUACUCAACCAAAUCCCAGAAGGAUGUACAGAGCCCUGCUCCAAGUGAGAAUCCAGAUGUGUCUCACCCAGAGGAAGAGAGUAAUAUCAUCAUGUCAACAAAACUCUAACCUCAUCGCAACAAACGCAACAGUGGCUUUCAAAGUUAUGCAAUAAUAAGGAAAGAUUUUGAGAUGGGUGGCAUAUGUUUUGCCAUAACUUGACAUGCUUUGCAAAUCUGGAUUCCAAUGGACCUUUCAAAACCACAACAAAACCUCAGUUUUAGAUGAGUUCUCUAUGUGACCAAUUUUACUGGAUGCAAUUGACAGGACCCGUCAUCAUAAUUAAACAACCCAUAUUGGGGACCCCCUGUGACUAGUAGCAGCUGGAAAAUUCUGGUUUUUAUCACUUGUAAGGACAUGCAGAUGGCGUGGAACCAAACCAUGAGAAAACUCCAGCCAUCCUGGAGUUGAUAUUCACCAUUUGUGAGGAGAAAUACUAACUGGACUGACCCUAUUGCUUGGCUUAAAUACUUAUUUGAUCUUACCAAAGAAGUCAACACAUGGGACCUUUGUGUCACAUGAGCCAUUUUCUUUCCUCUUCUAUUAAGUGUAUUUCUGUUUAAGUUACAGUUCUCUAAGAGAAUUACAAUGUUUGUCCCAUUUCUAAGGGCUUCUCUUCAACUCUAAUAACAGCAUUAUUCACAAGUUA